CAGACGAGUUAUCAGUAAGUCUGUAAGGUGUAAGCCGCUACUUAUUACUUUUGUUAGAAGGAUAGUAGGUUUCAAAGUUCACAAUUCACAUUUACAAAGUUAAUAAUAUUCCAUUUUCAUCUUUAGUAUAUUUUUUGACUCAGCGGUGAUAGUACAUUAGUCAAUUUAUUAAAAUGGCUUCAGUUGCCGCAAUUACUCGUGCUUUAUUAAGUAAAAAUGUUAUAAAUACCGGUCGUUUCGCGGCAGCAUCUAAUACCAGUUUAAUAAAAUUCUACAGCACCGCACCUGAAUAUGAAAAUAUCAAGGUAGAUAUUGUAGGUGCCAAGAAAAAUGUUGGUUUAAUUCAAUUGAACCGGCCUAAGGCUUUGAAUGCACUGUGCAAUGCUCUCUUCAAGGAACUCGGCAAGGUUGUCAUCGAUUUUGAUGCUGAUGAAAAAAUUUCAGCCAUCGUAAUCACUGGCAAUGAGAAGGCAUUUGCCGCCGGAGCAGAUAUUAAGGAGAUGCAAAACAAUAAUUACAGUAGUAAUGCAAAAAUUGGCUUUUUAAAGGAGUGGGAAGAUAUAUCUAACUGUGGAAAACCCAUCAUUGCUGCUGUUAAUGGAUUUGCUCUUGGAGGUGGUUGUGAGCUGGCUAUGCUCUGUGAUAUUAUUUAUGCUGGAGAAAAAGCCAAGUUUGGACAGCCUGAAAUCAAUAUUGGUACUAUUCCCGGAGCUGGUGGUACUCAACGCUUACCUCGUUAUGUUGGCAAAUCUAAAGCCAUGGAAAUUGUCCUCACUGGCAAUUUCAUUGAUGCUCUUGAAGCUGAGAAAAUGGGUCUAGUCAGUAGAGUCUUCCCUGUAGAGAAACUUCUGGAAGAAACUAUCAAAUUAGCAGAAAGGAUCGGAACACAUUCUCCUCUGAUUGUGAAGUUAGCAAAGCAGUCAGUUAAUCAAGCUUAUGAGACAACCCUAAAAUCUGGACUGCAAUACGAAAAAUCAAUAUUCUAUGGAACUUUUGCUACGGAGGACAGAAAAGAAGGCAUGAGUGCAUUUGUUGAGAAGAGACCUCCAAAUUUUAAAAAUAACUAAAUGUAAAUGUAUGUAGUUCACAGAAAGUGACUUGAAACAUUUGUAUCACCAUAAAAGUAUAGUUGUAAGAAUCAAAAGAAUUUAUACACAUUUGUAAUUUUUUAAUAUUGAUCCUGUUGAAUUUUUAAAAAGUAUAUAUGUUUAAAAAAUAAC